CUCAUUAUUUUUGUCUCAAGGGUUUCUCCAGAUAUAAGAAGAAGGGAAAAAAAAAAAAAAAACACGCUCGCUUGGGAUUCAGAGGCGGUUGCCGUGUUUUUGUCAUGUUGCUGUCUUGUUGCCCAAGUUUUAACAUAGCAUUAUAAAAGUAUUAUAAUGUAAUAAAAUUCUCCAGAAACAGAAACACACCGAGUUUCGAACUUUCAAUUGUCUUCCAGGACCUUCACUUUAUUUUAUUUUGUAGAUAAAGUGCCAUUUCUACUUCUUCUUUUAAAGCUUCAAGCUUAAGCAGCUGUUAAACAAGAUUUCUGGUGCUGUUUCUUAAGAUCGUUACUUUCCUUUUAAAAGUAGCAGAGUUUUAUUACAAUAUAUAGUAAUAAUGGAAUCUCCUCUAGUGUUAGGUGCUACUGUGGCUGCCGCUGCCUGGAGUGGUAGAUUUUUAAUUGGAGCAUGGCAAGCGUUCAAAGCUCGGCCUGUAGUUCCGCGUGUUCAAAGAUUUUAUAAAGGUGGGUUUGAGCAGAAGAUGACAAGGAGAGAAGCAGCUUUAAUUCUUGGAGUGAGAGAGAGUGCUGUAAUGGAGAAGAUCAAGGAGGCUCAUAGGAGAGUGAUGGUGGCAAAUCACCCUGAUGCUGGAGGGAGCCAUUAUCUUGCUUCAAAGAUCAACGAAGCCAAAGAGGUAAUGUCGGGGAAAACUAAGGAUAAUGUUGCAAAAUUCUUCCAUCUGGGCCGUACAUAUUUCCUCAUAUGUCCUGAAGACGUGAUCACCUUUCUUGUUAUAAAUAGCAUGACAAAAAGUUCGGAAGAAAAUAGAGGUGUAAUGUAUAAGAAAUAGAGACAAGCACGUCAGAGAAAUUAUUUUGUUGCAAACCAAUCAGCAGGCGAUUGCAGGCGACACCAUCAGCGGGAAGCAUUUGCCUUAGCAGCACACUCCCUGAAAGAUGUUGAUCCAAGUGGUUCACUGGCAAGUGUAGGGUAAAACCCUUUUUUUCUUCGACAAUCUGCAUUUUGAAUUACAAAUUGAGCCUAAAAAACCCGAAAGAUUGCUUGCUAAUAGCCUGCCGAAAAACAUGUCUGUAAUCCUAAAUCCUAAUCUGUCAGUUUAACUAUGGAAAUUCAUCCUUCUUGAAAUCUUGUUGGGAGAUGACGAAUAUGUGAUGCA